UAAUUCAAAGCCUGGGUCCGGUCCAGAGCAUUCUUACCCCGUUCCAGGUCCCCGCCGCUACGAGGGACAGGCGGUUCUGGAGACGAGAAUUUGUUUCCGCCAAGGUGUAUGUCCUUCGUGUUUAUCACGCGAGCAGCGAGCUGCAGAAAUGGCACGAUUCUCAGUACUUCACAGAUCAGUGAUCGCCGGAGUAUUUGUAGUUUUUCUGUCUGAAGUUCCAGUCAGUGACAGUAGAAUUCCACCACAAAAGCUUCCAUCUCCUCGGCUGUUGUUCUCUACAGCUGGUUGUGGAAAAACAAAAAGCUGUUUCUUUACGCCAUACUCUUGUGGCUCAUCACCAAACAGCUGCGAUUACUUCCUGACGUACACACCUAAAGAAUCAUCCUUUAUGUUUGAAAUGAGCAGCAAUAAAAAGUGGGUAGCAGUUGGAUUUAACCACAAGGCUGUAAUGGAUGGAACAGAUUCCAUUAUAUGUUCCGUUACAAAUGGAAGUACUUUAGUUGGUCAUUAUCCUAUAGAGGGAUAUCAAACACCAGUAAGAACAAUGCAGUCUGUAAAAGGGCUGAAAGUUGAGCAACAAUCUUAUGAGGAUGGAGCUAUCAAAUGCAGGUUUGGACGAGAUAAACAGGAUAAUAUCAUGGCUGCUGACCUAACUAAGCAUCUGUUUAUUAUAUUUGCCAUAGGACCAACAGGUCCCGAUAAUUCUCUUAAAGAACACAGUUGGAAAGCUCACUCCAUGAGUCCAGUGAAUCUUGCUGAAAUUCAGAUCCUGGAAGCUUCUGUUUAUGACUUGUCAUUCAUUCAAAUACAUGGUAAAUAACUGUAUGCUAUCUUGACACUGUUUACAUAAAGUUUAGAACUUUGUACCUGAAAAGAGCUUUUACUACAUGGCUACAUGCAUAUUUGUGACUUACAAUUGAUUCUGUGGUCUACUUAUAAAUAUAACUCUUCUGUGUGUGAUAGUACAUGGAAUACAUAAGGCUGUAAAGCUGUCAGCAAAGCAAACUUUUCAAGUAGAUGUGAGGAUGGAUGCAAAUAAUUAUAGAGAAGGAACUUACUAACUGUAAUAAUUUGAUUUAGUGCCCCUGAGGUACUAAGUUUAGUUAGUGCCUGGUAACCAAGGAAGGGCGCUUAUUGGAGAGCGAGCACUAACUAGGGAUGGAGUGCCUAUUUCUUUCUGAACAUAUACAUCUGACUGUGGUUCAAAACUUUAAUAAAAAAAGAAACAACUAGUCUGCUGGCAGCCGGUUUUUUCUCUACGGGUCACUAGGAUGAGUGUUUAGUCAUCACGAACGCAAAAGGGUGGUAUGGUGGUGGCUGAGCAGGGAAGAAGGCGGGACAAGGGUGGUAUGACCGAGUAGGGAAGAAGGCGUGCAUGCCAUGCACAUGUCUCCUCCUAUUCCCCUUUAGCCAAAACAUCUCACCUCAUAACCUCUACUGAAUUUCGAGAGAAAAACAGACUGCCGGCAUCUAAAAAACAACAAAAACCAUACUUUAGCUCAAGAACUGUAAUGAUAGAGCUCUGACAGACAUAAUGUUCGGUAAUUUAUGUUCAUACAAAAAAGCAGCAGACUUCAUAACUUGUUCAUCUAGUCACUCUAUUCUUCAAAGUAAGCAUAACAGAAUGAUGUUUAACUUGAAUUCAAACUAAAAAAAUCUUUAGUUGAUAUGCUCAUUUAAUGUCACUAUUCUGUUAUUCAAACAACUAAGAGUAGAUGUAAUGCAACCAGGUAAAAGGUAACACAACACAAUAUGCAAACAACAAUAUGGUGUAAUUGAGGGGGACACAGCCCUGUGGCAGGCUUGACGUGACUUCAUGAUAGGUGCACAAACAGAAAGCCUUGCUUAUUCACCCACUAACGUGGGAAUAGAACAAGAGUAUUGGCAGAGCCUUUCUUAUCUCCCCGGCAAAGCACAGGCUGGAUCGGACAAGAUAAAGGCUAGGAUAUAAGAUGGCAAGACACAAACAAUGCCAAAGCUUGGGGGAAGUCGCUAUGCAGACUUAAUCGAGCCAUGAGGAGUGACCCCAGUUUAUAGGCAAAUAGCAAAUAAAAGCCCUUCUCCAAGGGAGGAAGGGUGGGAAAUUUUAAAGUUAAAUUGUUACAAAC